UUAGGGCUCAAAACUGCAGCCCCUUUCUUCCUCGCGCGCGCCGCAGCUCCUCCAUUUCUCUCCUCCAUUUCUCUCCUUCCGCUUCACAUCUCUUCUCUCUUCCACUCACUCUCGCAAAGUGAAUCCUCACUCUCUAGCUCCUCUCCUUUUUCUUUUUCUUCUUCCCCGCGCUCUCCAUUUCACUCUACAACUCCAUUUCUCUCUUCUCUCUCCCUGCAACCUACACCUCCAGGGGCUCAAACGUUGGCAGAUCUGGGCACGUUGGCGGAUCUGGGCACGUUGGCAGAUCUUCCUCGUUUCCUCACCUGCGCGAGACGGGACGCUUCUUCUUCCUCGUCGCUGCCGACAACACCAACCUCCAUGUUUGCUUCACCGUGCCAUCCCGCGACUGUCUUGCCUUCACCAUCGAGGGAAUCCCGACACCACUGCUGCGAACAGGGCCACUUCACUGCAAAGAACUGGGCCACUUCACUACCAGCACUAUCAGCGACGCGAAAGAGAGGAAAAAAUGCUCGAAGGAUGUUGCAGCGGCUGCUAGUGAGCAAAAAAUGUUUGGAUAAUGCGGGGACUGUCAGAGAGCAAAAAAUGUUUGGUGAAUGCGGGGACUAUCAGAGAGGAAAUAGGUUCAGAGGGCACAAUGGCUGCGGAAGAAAAAAAUUGCUUAGAAAAAAAUUGCUUAAAGGAAUUGGUGCAGAGCUUGUGAAGGCUGCAUGCUAUGAUGUCAUCAAAGCUUGUGACGACAACAACCAAGAAAAUUUUGGUCGAAGUUUGACGUUAUUAAGAAAGGAGUUUAGCAGUACCAAGAAAAAGUUGACUUCCUUUGCUCAAAUGGAGCAAAGGAUUAUCAGACUUGAGAAAUCUCAAUCACCAGCCUCUACUUCUCAAUCACCAAAGUAGAGUUUAUAUCAUGUUCUUAUUUUAAUUAACACUGUGUACAUUUAUGAUACUUUUGUUGUAUUGUGUGUUUUUUAUCAACUUUCUGAAUGAUACUAAUAGUUUUCA